CAUGUUCUUCUACAACACUUGCACCUUCCUCUCCAAUGCUAAUGUGCAAUUGUCAUCUGCCUUAUUUACUUGCACCGAAUUCUGCACAUCGUCAGUAUAGGACCUGCCGGUUUUUCUCGCAUAUACCAUUCAUACCUGCUGUUCAUCAAAGGCCGAGCCGAUAAAAACGUCGAGCAUGCCUUCAGUAGGCAAGAGGACCCGGAGCUCCGGUAACAAUGACACGGAGCUUCCUGCCAAGCGCACAAGACUUCAAUCCCGUACUUUGCAAAUCAACGACGAAAACCGAGAUCCCAGGGACUCUUGCUCCAUCGAUACGGUGUUGGAAGAUCAUGAGGCUGCGUUCCCCGCCAAAAGUCCUCUGAAGAAAUUUGCCGCACCGCUUACCCCGAAGACGCCGCGCUUCCGCGAUGCCUUGUCCGACUCGCCAAGUACACCCCGGCACCGGGUCAUGUCUGUCGGCAAAUUGUCAACAAGACUGACCCCAAAGACACCAUCCACGCCCGCAACGUCCCAAACAAUCUACCACCUUGCGAGACAAAUGUUCGCUCGCGGCAAUGACCCGGGUCGCCUUAUCGGCCGGGACGGCGAGCGGGCAAGCCUCGAAACUUUUCUGGCCAAGUGCACAUCCUCAACUCCCAACGGGUGCCUCUAUGUCAGUGGUCCUCCAGGUACAGGGAAGAGUGCCAUGGUCAACGCCGUAACGGAUGAGCUGGUUUCGAAAACUCCGUCUGUUCGCAAGGCAUAUAUCAACUGCAUGAGUGUCAAGUCUUCAAACGAUCUAUACGUCACACUGCUGGAGCAACUUGGGGACGAGAUCAACAUAUUAGAGUCGGAGCCAGCAGCUGCGCUGCAGCAAGUUUUUAUCCCCAAGCGGAAGGUUGCAGGUGCCUUUUUGGUAGUCCUUGACGAGAUCGAUCACAUUCUCAGCUUGGACCUGGAAAGCUUGUACAAAAUCUUCGAAUGGUCGAUGCAGAAGUCUUCCCGGGUAUCGCUGGUGGGAAUUGCCAAUGCCCUAGACUUGACCGACCGCUUUCUACCGAGACUGAAGUCGAGAAACUUGAAGCCUGAGCUGCUUCCGUUUCUCCCAUACUCAGCACCUCAAAUCAAGGCAAUUGUCACUGACCGACUAAAGAGCCUUAUGCCGGCUGGCAGUACCAAUGCGGGCUUUAUCCCUUUUUUCCACCCAGCCGCCAUUGAGUUAUGUUCUCGCAAGGUAUCUAGCCAAACGGGGGACCUGAGAAAAGCUUAUGAGAUACUGCGUCGGGCUUUGGACUUGGUGGAAGCUGAGACAAAACGGAAACUCGAGGAGGAAGCAAGACAGAAGAUUUUGCAAAUGACGCCAUCCAAGAGGCCACUUGGAGAGACGCCCAACAAUGCAGCUUCACCUUCAAAAGACGCCAGCAGGCGAACAGUCCCUACCGAGCUGGCUGCGUCUCUGCAAGCGUUGACAGUCGAAAACGCGCCACGAGUGAGCAUCUCACACCUCAACAAGAUCACUGCGACGGCGUUCGGCAACGGUGCCAGUCAACGUCUCAAGAGCCUGAACCUCCAGCAGAAAGCAGCACUGUGCUCCUUGAUGGCUAUCGAGAAGAAGAACAAGGCUGCUGUUGCUACUGUAUCGCCAACGACGCCCUCCAAGACCCGGGUAACGGCUCCAACAGUCAAAAAUCUAUACGACACAUAUAGCCUUCUCUGCAAGCGUGAUUCGCUCCUUCAUGUGCUUUCAAGCUCCGAAUUCCGCGAAGUCAUUGGCAGCUUGGAGACACUAUCGCUCAUCACAGCCGUGGAUGGCAAGACUGGCUCCUUUGCAUUAUUGCAGACGCCAAGCAAAAAGGGCAGGAAGGCUACAUUCAGCAAUGGCGACGAGAGACGUGUUGCCAGCUGCGUUGGCGAGAAGGAGAUCGAGCAGGGCAUCGAGGGACUUGGAUCCGACAUUUUGAAAAGCAUUUUGAGCGGAGAAGCAUUGGAUUAGAAGCUGAAGACUGGGCGGGUUUCCAGCAACCCUAUGCAUAAAUCCGGUUUCCUUUGUUUUUUUCCUUUUCUUGGCACUUUACAGGCCACAUGAAAUCAUGGCGCGGAGUUCACUGCUUGUAUUGGGGGACGUUGGCUGCAUCAAAAAGGGUGUACCGGUACAUUGGGUUGGAGCUGCUAUAAGCUGGGACUAUAGGUAGAUGAGACUAAUACGUGUAACCCCUCACCUUGGGUAUCUACUAGGCAAGUGAGCUGUUAUAGAAACUAGAUCGACACAUUAUGUCAAGUUCUGCUCACUUGGUACCUAUCAUAGCCUCACUCAGGCAGAUGUAUGCGUAGGUAGCCCUUUCUGCCUUUGGACAGUCCUCAUACGCGCUAGACAAUGCAUUCUUUCUCCUG